CAGACAAGAAAUGUGAAAGGUGGAUUACGGAAACCUUCAUUUAUGGUGUGUAAAGCUACUGAAAAUAUCAUACUCGGUAACUGGUUCAAUAAAUGAGUCAUUUUUUAAAUUCAUGCUAACUGGAUAAAGUGCCUAAUUCAGUAUUAUGUGGCCGUGGCACAGUAUCGACGAAAUUAUAUCCCCCCCCUUAUCAUGUAUUUAGUUUCAGAAAAUUGGGUUGUUAAUCAGGUCUACUUUCUUUUAACUCAUCCUAUAUAUUCACAUUUAUCAAAAUCACGGUAGUAAAACGAUCAAUAACUGACACAGUUACCAAGCUAAUUAAAACUCCAAACGCGAACACUCAUCUUUUCCACAUUGUUGGUUACCGUAUCAUUUAGUUUCACUGACGUGCGUUUUGUAGGCUUACGGGAUACUUCUAACUGUAAAAAAAACAGUUCAGGAAAUUACAGUGUGUGAUCAACCUGUUCAAGACAUAGAUGCGAGAAAAACUAGCCAUAACGUAAGAAGACGAAAAUGGAAACAUUAUCUUCGUCAAUAAAGCUGAAGAGAAGGGCCUUCUUAUAUUGAAUAAAUCUCCAGGUGGUAAGCAUGAACAACAGUUCAUUACAAUAUAGUCCAACUUGGAAAAACAGGCUUGUAGGCCUAACGUCAGAAAGCUUCCUUGAAGCACGAGAGCGUGUGACUAAACGUCACUUACAACGAAAACAAGAGCUAGAAGCUAAAGUGCGAGAAGAAGAAGAACGACGAUACAAUCUCGGCGUGAGACUAGGGGAGUCACAUACUCGAGUUCCGGGACAUCUACCCCCUCUACUAAAGAAUGAUGUUACAAUUGGAAGGCACAACAAAGAGAAGUCUCGCAUUUUUGAAGAUUUUGUAAAAUAUCAAAAGAAUCCAAGAGACAAUAAACUGUGAGCUCUUUA